CCCCGGCUGCCCGCCCCGUCCUCCCCGCCUGCCGCAGGAUGUCCGUAACAGACCAGGCCUUUGUGACCCUUGCUACCAAUGAUGUGUACUGUCAAGGCGCUUUGGUUCUUGGGCAGUCGUUGAAGAACCAUACAACAUCUAGAAAACUGGCAGUACUAAUUACACCAGAGGUUUCCAGUGGGAUGAGGUCUGUUCUCCGCAGCGUGUUUGACGAAGUAACUGAGGUGGAUGUGCUUGACAGUGCUGACUCAGUCCAUUUGGCUCUGAUGCAGAGGCCAGAACUGGGUGUAACCUUCACUAAGCUUCACUGUUGGACUCUUACUCAGUAUAGCAAAUGUGUCUUCAUGGAUGCAGACACUUUGGUGCUUUGCAAUGUUGAUGAAUUGUUUGAUCGAGAGGAGUUUUCAGCAGCUCCUGAUUCUGGCUGGCCUGACUGCUUUAACAGUGGUGUAUUUGUGUUCCGACCUUCUUUGAAAACUUACAACCUACUGCUCCAGUUUGCUGCUGAACAUGGCAGCUUUGAUGGAGGUGAUCAAGGCUUGUUGAAUAGCUUCUUCAGCAGCUGGGCAACAGCAGAUAUUGGCAAGCAUUUGCCCUUCCUCUAUAACUUAAGCAGCAGUGCUGUAUACACCUACGUUCCAGCUUUCAAUCAUUUUGGUAGAGAUGCCAAAGUUGUUCACUUCUUGGGAGCAACAAAGCCCUGGAACUACAAAUACAACCUUCAAACAAAGAGAGUUAUGCAGGAUGGCACCACCUCUGGAUUUUUCAAUCAGCUGCCAUUUCUUGCCCUUUGGUGGAAUAUAUACAGUGCUAGUAUAUUGCCUUUGUUAGGAAAACUUCAAAAGAUGGAAGAACCAGAAUCUGAGGAAUACAAGCACACUUUCAAUGGAGUUGAAAUUACACUGAAAAAGGCCAGUCCUUCUGUGCCCAAUUCGCUGCAAAUGCCUGGGCUUCCAGAACAGACAUAUGAAAUAUAUCCCACCGUGUGUUCACCCGAGGAACUCACUUCUAAAGUUCAACCUGUAUGUGAAGUUGAACAAAGUGAUUCUAACGUCCAUCUCUCUGAGCCUGACAGACCUUCAGAACAACUUGUAUUUCAUCCUGCGUUUCAGGAAACCUCAGAACUGAACGAGGUCACACAUUCUGUUUCAGAGCUGUCUAUUCACUUCAAACCAGAAGAACGAAGUCCAGAAGAUGAACGGAGAAAAUGGGAGGAGGGACGUAUGGACUAUAUGGGGAAAGAUGCUUUUGAACAUAUCAAAAAGAAACUGGAUGCAUUUUUGCAUUAAGAUGAAGUGUACUGUAAUGGCCAUUAUGAUCUGUGUUUCUUCUAUAAAUGCAGUCCUUGAGUCCUUGGCUAUCUCCAUAGUUUGUUUGAAACCAAAGUUAAAGAGGGAGAUAUGCAUCCUCAUAUAUUUUGGAGGAAGAUUAACAGAUACGGGCUCUUGUUUUAUAAAUGUUAAAUGUGCCUCAUCUUUAUUAUUAUGUGUGUCUCAUCUUCAUUUUUCUCCCAUAGUGCCUUCUGAAGAACAAU